CGCGGGGCUCCGCGCGCCCGCCGCGCCUCGGCCCCGCCUGUUCCGCUUCCGGCGCGGGCGCAGCGCGGCCGGAAGUGCGGGUGGGAGCGGUGCCGCCAUCAUGGCCGACAAGAUGGACAUGUCCCUGGACGACAUCAUUAAGCUGAACCGGAGCCAGCGUGGGGCCAGCCGGGGCGGCCGGGGCGGCCGGGGCCGGGGCGGCACCGCACGCGGUGGCGGGCCCGGCCGGGGCGGCGUGGGCGGCGGGCGCGCGGGCGGCGGCCCCGUGCGGAACCGGCCGGUGAUGGCCCGGGGCGGCGGCAGGAACCGGCCCGCGCCCUACAGCCGGCCGAAGCAACUCCCCGAGAAGUGGCAGCACGACCUCUUCGACAGCGGCUUCGGGGCCGGGGCCGGCGUGGAGACCGGCGGGAAGCUGCUCGUCUCCAAUCUGGACUUCGGCGUUUCGGAUGCGGACAUCCAGGAGCUCUUUGCGGAGUUUGGGACCUUGAAGAAGGCAGCUGUGCACUAUGACAGAUCUGGUCGCAGUCUAGGAACGGCAGACGUGCAUUUCGAGAGAAAGGCGGAUGCGCUGAAGGCAAUGAAGCAGUACAACGGGGUCCCCUUGGAUGGGCGCCCCAUGAACAUCCAGCUGGUGACGUCACAGAUCGACACGCAGCGGAGACCAGCACAGAGUGUAAACAGAGGUGGCAUGACCAGAAACCGCGGGGUCUCAGGGGGAUUUGGAGGUGGAGGCAACAGGCGAGGGACUCGUGGUGGGAACAGAGGGAGAGGCAGAGGAGCUGGAAGAACUUCCAAACAGCAGCUCUCUGCAGAAGAACUAGAUGCACAGCUGGAUGCUUACAAUGCCAGGAUGGACACCAGCUAAAGCGGCAGCAGUGGACGCAUGGAAGGACUCCAGUCUUGCUCCACACUCCCGGCAGGGGCUGCGGCUGUGGCUACUACUACCGAGGAUGGGAUUUGUUUUACUUUUACGUUCUGGGAUAGGUUUUAACUCCUGUAAAGGUUUUUUUUAAUUCUCAGCAGACCUGUUUUGUACCGAGUUAUUUUUGGGAUAAAUUUUUCUGGUUGCCUGUUGGGCCAAGGUGGCUUUUUCACCUUUGCCGUAAUAAAAUAGAACCAUGUCUAGA